AUGCCUCUCUUCGAAGUCCACCACUCCUUCGCCCUGACCGACGCGCAGAAGCAGUCCCUCGCCGAGGCCAUCACCGCCGCCCACGUCGACGAGUUCAACGCGCCCCCCAUCUUCGUCAACGUGCGCUUCAUCGACACCCGCGGCGCGCCCCCCAACACCUUCUACGUCGCCGGCCGCCCCGCCGGCCCCGGCCCGCUCCCCAACGGCAUCCUCUACCACGCGCGGUACUCGACCGCGCGCACCAAGGAGCGCUUCGACCGCGUCACCGCCCGCAUCGAGAAGGCCUGGUACGAGACCGUCGGCAAGGGCGGCGGCAAGGGCCACCCGCACCUGACGGAGGACAAGAGCGUUUGGCUGCAUGCGAUUGGGGUGACGCCGACGAUUGCGAGCCGUGAGGCCGGGUUCAACAUGCCGACGCCGGAGGGGGACAAGGCCUGGAUCGAGGAGAACUUGCCCGAGUUUGAGAGGCUCGCGGCGGGCGGCUCGGAGAUGUUCAAGGCGCUGCUGGAGGACAUCCCGAAGCUCAAGUAG